CUAACUCUGGGGCCCGGGCCACCCAGGUCUCCACGCUGCCCGCUGUCCCGGGUCCCCGCUGUGUUCUCCUGCGCGCUCCCAUGGCCGGAAAGUUGCUGUCACUGUUGCCACCCCUGCUGCUGGCUGCGGUGGGUCUCGCCGGCCUCCUGCUGCUGUGCGUUCCUACCCAAGACGUCCGGGAGCCGCCUGCUCUCAAGUACGGCAUCGUCCUGGAUGCUGGCUCUUCACACACAUCCAUGUUUGUCUACAAGUGGCCAGCAGACAAAGAGAAUGACACAGGCAUUGUGGGUCAGCACAGCUCUUGUGAUGUUCAAGGUGGGGGCAUCUCCAGCUAUGCACAUGACCCUUCCAGGGCAGGCCAGAGUCUGGUUGAAUGUCUUGACCAGGCGCUCCAGGAUGUGCCCAAAGACAGACAUGCUGGCACACCGCUCUACCUGGGAGCUACAGCAGGCAUGCGUCUACUCAACCUGACCAGCCCAGAGGCCACAGCCAGGGUGCUUGAGGCAGUGACACAGACGCUCACACAGUACCCCUUUGACUUCCGCGGUGCUCGAAUCCUCUCGGGACAGGAUGAAGGGGUGUUUGGCUGGGUGACUGCCAACUACCUGCUGGAGAACUUCAUCAAGUAUGGCUGGGUGGGCCGGUGGAUCCGGCCAAGGAAGGGAACGCUGGGGGCCAUGGACCUUGGGGGUGCCUCAACACAGAUCACCUUUGAGACGACCAGCCCAUCUGAAGAUCCAGAGAGUGAGGUCCAUCUGCGGCUCUAUGGUCAGCACUACCGUGUCUACACCCACAGCUUCCUUUGCUACGGCCGAGACCAGGUUCUCCAGAGGCUGCUGGCCAGUGCCCUCAAGAUUCAUCACUUCCACCCCUGCUGGCCGAAGGGCUACUCCACCCAAGUGCUGCUCCGAGAUGUCUACCGGUCACCAUGCACCACGGACCUGCGUCCUCACUUUUUCAACAGCAGCGCCCUUAUCAGACUUUCGGGGACCAGCAGCCCCGCCCUCUGCCAUGACCUAGUCUCUGGGCUCUUCAACUUCUCCUCCUGCCCCUUUUCCCAGUGCUCCUUCAAUGGGGUCUUCCAGCCGCCUGUGACGGGGAACUUCAUAGCCUUUUCUGCAUUCUACUACACAGUGGACUUCCUCAGGACAGUGAUGGGGCUGCCGGUGGGCACCCUGCAGCAGCUGGAGGCAGCCGCGGAGAUUGUCUGUAACCAGACCUGGGCUGAGCUUCAGGCCCGAGUGCCAAGGCAGCAGGCCCGCCUGGCUGAUUACUGCGCCGGAGCCAUGUUCAUACAACAGCUACUAAGCCGCGGCUAUGGCUUCGACGAGCGCUCCUUCAGCGGCGUGGUCUUCCAAAAGAAGGCCGCAGACACGGCUGUCGGCUGGGCGCUGGGCUACAUGCUGAAUUUGACCAACCUGAUUCCCGCUGACCUUCCGAGACUACGUAAAGGAACGCACUUCAAUUCCUGGGUCGCUCUCCUCCUGCUCUUCGCAGUUCUGCUCUUGGCGGCGCUGGUCCUGCUUCUGCGCCAGUUGCGCUCGGCCAAGUCUCCAGGCGCCCUCUAGGGGUGCACCGGGAGCUGCUGCCAACUCCCCAGGGCAUCCCUGUCACAGUCAGCCUGAGGAUCCACAUCCCUACAUUCACGGGAAGCCUUGGUAGGCCCCUGCAGUUUUCUCCAGCCGGGAGUUCUCAAGUAUUUCCUCCCCCCUCUCUUCCUGGGGUGUCAAGUCUCUCAGUCUGUGACUCAGGGUGAGGUCCGCUCAGAGAGGGACAUUUGUUCUGAUCUUAAGGGCCCUGGGAAUUUCCUGUGCGUACUCUGGGCCUUUAGAUAGGCAACCACCAGAGCCUACAGGCUAGGAGUCCGUUCAAUGCCUACCUGUAAAAAAAUUUGUAAUAAACGAUUUUUCCUAGA